CGGCGCAAGAGGGCUCGGAUGGUCAUGGCUUCCCUCAGAACUCCAGUGUCGCUAUGGAAGUUCCUGAUAAGCUCUCGGGGCCUGGAGCCGGUCUGUGUCAGGGCCCAAACCCAGCUUAGGCGGGAUGCUCUGUUCCAGCCGCUGCCGCUGUCCUUUGCGGUGGGGCUGCCACGCCGUGGGCUCGGCUCCGGCGUCGCAGAAUCUGAUACCUCAGAUGUCAAGAAACCUACAUUUACGGAUGAAGAAGUCCAAAACAUCCUUAUCAAGAUGACAGGCUUAAACUUGAAGAAGGUUUUUAAACCAGCUAUACAAGAGCUGAAGCCACCAACCUAUAAGCUCAUGACCCAAGCACAGUUGGAAAAGGCUACCAGAGAAGCAGUUGAGGCAGCUAAAGUACGAUUAAAAAUGCCACCAGUUCUGGAAGAACGAGCACCAAUAAACGAUGUGUUAGCAGAGGAUAAGAUUUUGGAAGGGACAGAAACAGCCAAAUAUGUGUUUACUGAUAUAUCAUACAGCAUACCACACCGGGAACGUUUUAUUGUUGUAAGAGAACCAAGUGGCACACUGCGCAAAGCUUCUUGGGAAGAACGGGACCGGAUGAUACAAAUUUAUUUCCCCAAAGAAGGUCGUAGAACUCUGCCUCCAAUAAUUUUCAAGGAAGAAAACCUUAAGAACAUGUACAGCCAGGACCGGCAUGCUGAUGUCCUUAAUCUUUGCAUUGCCCAGUUUGAGCCAGAUUCUGCUGAGUACAUCAAGGUUCAUCACCAGACCUAUGAAGACAUUGAUAAGCAUGGGAAGUAUGACCUUUUACGUUCAACAAGACACUUCGGUGGAAUGGCUUGGUAUUUUGUAAAUAAGAAAAAGAUUGAUGGUUUGCUGAUUGACCAGAUUCAGAGAGACUUGACGGAUGAUGCUACCGGUUUGGUCCAGCUGUAUCACAUGCUCCAUCCAGAUGGCCCAUCCGCUCAAGAGGCCAGAGAGCAGGCUGCUGAGGGAAUACAUUUAAUUAAGGUAAACAGUCUUUUUUUCACACUGGCUGUGGUGGUAAUUGAAUUUAAAAAAUUAAGUUUAAAAGAUAUAACGGUAACUAAACAGACGUGUGAAUUUGGAAUAUUUGUGGUCUUGAAAACAGCAGUAUGAUCACAGUCCCCGUUAUUUCUUCACCCUGGACAAUGGGUAGGGUAGGGAGUAUGAAGGGCGGUGAGUGUGAUGGCUGCUGGAGUUUACAGGGGUUCAGACAGUACGGGUUAGCAGGCCCCUUGUUCUUUAGAGUACUUGAACAUGUCCCCAAGAGCAGUUUCCUGCCCUACAGUGUGGUCACAGAACAUGGGAGUGGGAGGUAGAUGUCAGGAGCAGGAGAGGGUGGUGGUGUUCAGAUACUCCCAAGCCUUCUGUUAUUUAGGAACUAUUCGCUGCUCCAAACCUUGGGCUUACAUGGAUUUUCUGUAAAUGCUGAGUUAGUAUUUUUAGGAUAGGAAAGGGAGGUCCUUGUGUAAUUUAAUCUCUAAUGCUCAGAAUAGACAGUUUUCACCUGGCUUAUACUGCAGUAAUACUUUUUUGCAUGUCACAAAGCUUGAUAAAAAUGACCAGUGACCACCCUAAGUAGAGAAACCAUAGUACUAAUCCUGAUUUUCUUGGAUAUGCCAGAUAAAGCAAAAUGCUUUUAGACAUUCUUUGAAAUGAAAAAUGAAUUUUCUGUCCUCCUCUAGAGUUCUCUUGAACCUAAUGCUUUUUCACUUUGGUCUAGCAGGAAGUACGGUGUCGGCAUCUUACAUUUUUCUGAAAACAAGCUAAAAGAGCCAACAGCUAAUUUGGUGUUUAGAAUUAAUAUUGCUUGAACUGUGGGAUGUUUUUCUGUCUGUGUAUUUACUGCUUUAUAACUGGGGGAAAUGUUAUGAAGGAAGACCUUAAUUGGGACUGUUUCCUAUUAUAGAAAUGUUAAUGUCUUAAAACUAAGGAACUUUAUAAAUAGUGUGUCCUAUUGCUUUAAAGUUUUUUUCUUUU